AUGGAAAUCCCUGCUGAGGCGCUCAUGUCCCCAGAUACGCUCCAGAACACCUUGACUGACGUCCCAAUUCAACCAGAACCACCCGUAUUGUCGACUUCUGAGCCCGGUGUCAACUCUCUAGCUGCAACAGUCGCUGAGGCGCGGUACCGUGUACCUAGCCAGAUAAAUAUUGACCGUCUGUUGGGGAUCAUGGGGGCAAAAUUAGCGGCAGCUGAAGAUCACAUCUGGGGACUUCGUGAAGACCCAGGUUACUUCGCUGAUGCUGCCCUGGAUAUCUGGGAGCACCGUCCAGAGUCAAUCAUUGACUUCAAUGGCGAAAAGCAUUCUUACAUGAAGGGGCCCUCGUUCCGGGCCAUUUGGGACCGCAUUCUACAGCAACUGGUUAUGGAAGCGUACAUGUUACUAACCUAUUGGGAUGAAAUGUACUCGCGAAUUGCCCAUCUACGAGACUUACUUCACAAGCACGCGGGGGAUCUCAAACCCGAGAUCCAACUACCAUCAGAGCUACUGAGAGCUUUUCUGGUUCUGGACCACAAUAUCAAGCAGCAUGUCAUGGACCCAAUCAGGGAGCUCAAGCGCAGCAUUCCAUCCUCCCCCCACUUCGUGGUUGGUUCCGUCGGAUGCCAGAGGGCAGCAAUCCCGACAUUCCAAGCUUUUCGACAAGCGAGAGGCCUAUGA